AACGCGACUGCCUCUCAAAUGCACCAGGACACAGAAUAUAAAAUCUAACUGUAACUAGCUCGGAGACGCAGCGGCAGGUCCUGAUUUGAAAGAAAGCAAGAAACAGAUACGAGAAUAACAGACAGUCCCAAGCUGCGCAACCCAAAAAUCAUACAACAUUUCUCUCAAGGAUUUCCAUCAACAAACGGCUGUCCGCUCACCUCACUCACCCUUCAGGCCUGUGCUGAGAGCCCUCUCACCAACAAAACACAGCACAGCACAACACAACACAACACAAGCGGGCCAUGGCGCUCACCAUCGUGCACGACCAGCUGCAUCUUACAGACAAAUGCCGCCACUAUGAAGUCCUCGGCGACGUGCCGUGGGACAUCCAAAAAUACUGGCACCAGCGCUACUCGAUAUUCAACUUCUACGACUACGACGUCCGGCUGACGGACGAGGCGUGGUUUGGCGUGACGCCCGAGCCGGUAGCAAAAAAAAUCGCCGAAGACCUCGCAGCAUGGUCAUCAUCGCAGUCCAAAACCAAGAACCCCCGGACGAAAAAGACAAAGGACACGAUAAUCGACAUGUUCGGCGGGGCGGGGGGCAACGUGAUUGCGUUCGCGCUGUCGGAGGGGUGGGCGCGCGUGGUGGCGAUAGAGAGAGACGCGGCGACGCUGGCGUGCGCGCAGCACAAUGCCGCUGUCUACGGCGUGCGAGAGGCUAUCACGUUUGUGCUCGGCGACAGCCUGGACUUUAUGGCGCGGCUGCGGCGGUACGACACGGAAAUGGAAGACGGCGAGCAAUACGACGAAGACGAUGAAGUCGAGACGCUUCUACGUUCCAUCGACCCGGCGCGCGCGACCGUGUUCGCGUCGCCGCCAUGGGGUGGCGUCAGCUACGCCGAGCACGAGGUAUUCGACCUCUCGCGCAUGGAGCCGUACAGCCUGGCGGACCUGCACGGGGCGUGCGCGCCGCUGGAGCACACGCUGUUCCUACCGCGGUCGAGCGACCUGCGGCAGGUGGCUGGCGUGCUGGCGCCCUCGUCCUCAGACCAAGGGGGCGAGAAGCUCGACGUGGUGCAGUAUUGCAUGAACGGCGCGAGCAAGGCUAUGGUGGUGUUUGUGCCUGCUUCUGAGUCUCUUUUGUCUUCACCUGCUGCUGCUGCUGCUGUUAAGUAAUGGUGGAGGUGGAGACACGGAUGGAUGAAAAGGGGCGCCUAUCAUGAAAACAAGUCACAUAGAUGACUAUCGGCACACACACACGCACAUGUAAAUAGGUAGCGUACAACAACAAUCUUCAUCUGCUGCUGCUGUCAGGUAAGGGUAGAGGUAGAGACACGGACGGAUGAAAAGGGGGGCUUUCAUGAAAACAAGACAAAUCACCCAGAUGAACUAUCGUGGCACACGCACACAUGUAAAUACGU